AUGAAGGUCUUAGACAAAAUCAAGGCCGAUGUCAGAACUGACGUGACUUGGAACCGAGUUGGACGUCUUGGAGCGUCUGGUGCUCGCGCCCUGCCCUCUGCUUCAGUCCAUUACGUUGUCGAGAAGUUCCCAAUCAUCGGGUGGCUUCCUCGGUACAAUCCACGAUGGAUCGUUAAUGAUUUGAUUGCGGGCCUGACCAUUGGUCUGAUGCUCAUUCCCCAGGGACUGUCGUACGCCAAGAUUGCAGACAUCCCCGUUGAGUAUGGUCUCAUGUCGAGUUGGCUCCCCGCAGCCGUUUAUGCUUUCAUGGGAACCACCAAAGACCUGUCAACUGGACCAACUUCACUGAUUGGUCUCCUCACAUCCGAGAACGUUCACGCCCUACAAGAUCGAUGGACACCAUCAGAAAUCGCUUCAGCUACAGCGCUCAUGAUGGGUGUCUACGGUAUGAUUCUGGGUUUCCUAAAGCUCGGGUUUCUUUUGGAAUUUAUCUCCUUGCCCGUCCUCAGCGGUUUCAUUUCCGCAGUCGCCAUCACGAUCAUCCUGAAUCAGAUGGACUCUCUUUUGGGAGAAGACAACGUCGGCGACGGCGCUGCCACCCAGAUCCACGACAUCUUUAACCAGUUGCCCAACGCAAAUGGAUGGGCUUGUCUCAUCGGGUUUUCAGGCAUCCUUUUCCUGACACUCCUUGAUCAAGCUGGGAAGCGGUGGGGGAAGAAGAACAAGACUAUAUGGCUGCUCUCCAUCACCCGAGCCUUUCUGACCCUCGUACUUUUCACUGGGGUCAGCUAUGGAGUGAACAAAAACAGGUCGGAGUACCUGUUUGAAGUCGUCGAAGUCAAGGCCAAUGGCCAACAAGCACCCACCUUCCCGCGCCAGGAUCUGAUCCCAGAAGUGGCCGGCCGCAGCAUUGCAGUGUUCAUCGGUGCAGCAGUGGAACAUACAGCGAUUGCCCGUGCCUUUGCAGUCAGGAAUCAGUACACGACAGACCAAAGUCAAGAGCUUUGCUACUUCGGCGUAACCAAUUUCUUCAACAGCUUCUUUCACGCCAUGGGCGUCGGCGGCGCCAUGUCGCGAACAGCUGUCAACUCUUCUUGCAAUGUCAAAUCACCCUUGUCCGGUCUCGUUACCAUGGCGGUGGUCCUCAUCUGCGUGUAUGAACUGGUCGGAACGCUGUUUUGGAUCCCCAAAGCAACACUAGCUGCGAUCAUCAUCACGGCCGUGUGGCCCCUGAUCUCACCGCCGUCGACUUUUUACCGAUAUUGGAAGACCUCUUUAGCUGACUUCAUCUCCUCCAUGAUUGCGUUUUGGGUCUCGCUUUUUGUUUCUACUGAAAUCGGAAUCGGCGCUGCCGUCGGCUUCAACAUCGUCUAUGUCCUGUUGCGCCAAGUCUUCACAACUCUCUCGUCAAGCGGAUCUUCUCAAUCCCAGUCCGAGCUUGCUCGCGCACUGCAUGCAUCAAGCGCAGUUCCGAGGAACCUGCCCGAGGACACGCGAGUCUUCAGGUUCAACGAAUCGCUUUUCUUCCCCAACGCUUUCAGUAACACAUCUCGUGUACUGGAUGACAUUCAAACAUUCCACGCGCCCGUGUAUAAUGGCAGCCACGGACCCGAGACCGAGCGCAACUGGUCUGUCGUUGGCGAGAAACGCGUUGGAAGGCUCCGGAAGAAGGCUGGCAUCCAUGAUCCCACGUCGUUGCCCGAAAUUGGUCUCGUCGUCCUCGACUUUGCGAGGGUUAAUCACAUCGACUUCACCGCCAUCAGUCAUUUGAAAAAUCUUGCCGCCAGCGUUCGCAAGUACGGUGGGGACAAUGUGGAAUUGCGGUUCGUUGGAAUGUCUCCUUACGUCCGUCAGCGAUUCGAGAGAGCGCAGUGGCUAGUACUUGACGCCGAUGCCACUGCGAACGAAGACAUCCAGACAGGCACCGUGCUCCUCUACCCAGACUUGGCCAGCGCCAUCUCGGCGCCACGGAAGAGAGAUCGAGCGUCAGAUGAUAAUGAGAUCAAGGGCAUGGUCUCUCAUGACGAGAAGGCACAGGCUUGA